AUGCAAGCACCCCUGAUUAAUGAGACGACUCAAACCCCUCCUUCCCCCCACUCCCCUCCCCCUUUUCCCCGCCCCCUUCCCCCCCUCUCCCCCCUCCCCCCGACUCUCUCCCACACACCCCACAACAAUAGGUUUAUUUUGGACAAGAAGAUAGGGGUGGGGCAGCCGAAGAGAAUCGAGAACGCCAAGAUUCUCGUCGCAAACACAGCCAUGGACACUGAUAAGGUGAAGAUCUACGGCGCCCGCGUGCGCGUGGACGGCAUGGCGAAGGUCGCCGAGAUAGAAGCGGCCGAGAAGAACAAGAUGCGGCAAAAGGUGGAGAAGAUCAUCGCGCACGGGAUCAACUGCUUCAUCAACCGGCAGCUGAUUUACAACUUCCCGGAGGAGCUCUUUUCCGACGCAGGGGUGAUGGCCAUCGAGCACGCGGAUUUCGAGGGGAUUGAACGGCUGGCGCUGGUGACGGGUGGGGAGAUUGCAAGCACGUUUGAGGACCCGGCUGGAGUGAAGCUGGGGCAGUGCAAGGUGAUUGAGGAGAUCAUGAUUGGGGAGGACCGCCUGAUCCACUUCUCGGGGGUGGCGCUGGGAGAGGCGUGCACCAUCGUGCUGCGCGGGGCCAGUUCACACGUGUUGGAUGAGGCAGAGCGGUCGCUGCAUGAUGCGCUGUGUGUGCUCACAGCUGCACUCACGUCAACCUUUCCCUACUAUCCUACCCCCCUCGCCCCCCUCGCUUGCAGUUCACACGUGUUGGACGAGGCGGAGCGGUCGCUGCACGAUGCGCUGUGUGUGCUCACAGCGACAGUUGCGGACAGCAGAGUGGUGUGGGGCGGGGGCUGGCCUGAAGUCAUGAUGGCGACUCGAGUUGAUGACCUUGCUCGCCGCACACCGGGCAAGCGUGCCCUAGCAGUGGAAGCUUUUGUGUCGGGCCUCCGUGCCAUCCCCACCAUCAUUGCUGACAACGCUGGGCUCGACAGCAAGCGCGCUCUAGCAGUGGAGGCAUUCGCAUCGGCCCUGCGUGCCAUCCCCACCAUUAUCGCUGACAACGCUGGGCUCGACAGUGCAGAGCUGGUGGCUCAGCUGCGGGCGGCACACGCUGAGGAGAACAGCCGUGCUGGCAUCGAUGUUAUCACGGGGCAGUCUGGCGACAUGGAGGAGUGUGGGAUCUACGAGUCACUCAAGGUGAAGCAGGCUGUGCUGAUGUCAGCAACCGAGGCAGCGGAGAUGAUCCUGCGUGUGGAUGACAUCAUCACCAACGCUCCUAGAAGGCGCGAGGAGCGGCUAUGA